AUGUCUGAGCGCGACAACGAGCAGUUCAUCGAAGUCGAGGAUGAUGCGGACUCUACCCUCGGAUCGCUGAUUGCGAGCGAAACGUCCUCGCUAAACAGCUUGGUUUUGCAGUUCGAAUACGAGAAUGGACGGAGGUACCACUCUUACCGGUCUGGGCACUAUGCGUUUCCGAACGACGAGGAUGAACUCGACCGAAUGGACCUCGAACAUCACAUCUUCCUCCUCCUCCUGGAAGGAGAGUUGCACCUAGCCCCGCUGAGCGACCCACAGCGUAUUCUUGAUAUCGGUACGGGAACGGGGAUCUGGGCCAUCGACAUGGCCGAUAAGUAUCCAGGCGCGUCUGUGAUUGGUACCGAUUUGUCACCCGUUCAGCCAUCCUUUGUCCCGCCGAACCUCGAAUUCCAAGUCGACGACUUUGAGAAUGAAUGGACCUUCCGGCGCGAGUCUUUUGACUUGAUUCACUCUCGCCUGUUACUGGCCAGUGUCUCUGAUUAUCCGAAGUUCUUCCGCCAAGCUCUAGAUGCUCUGAAGCCGGGCGCGUACAUGGAAAUGCACGAGAUCGACCCCGGAUUCGAAACAGACGACAACUCCAUCCCCAGCGAUAGCAGUGCCCUGCAGUGGUCGAACCUCUUCUUCGAGGGCUGCGAGAAGAUUAACCAUCGAAUUCCCUCUCCCGAAGAGUACAAAACAAUGAUGGAGGAAGCUGGCUUCGUCGAUGUGAAGCUCAAAGUCUUGAAGCGCCCGUCGAAUCCAUGGCCGAAGGACAAGAAUAUGAAACGACUUGGCCUGUACACCCUGACCAACCACCUCAACGGACUACACGCUUUCACUGUGGGCCUCUUCACUCGAGUCCUUGGCUGGUCAACCGCAGAAGUCGAGGUGCUCAUCGCAAAGUGCAGAAAAGAGUGGAAAGACAGUUCGAUCCAUGCUUACCAAAGAGUGAUUUUUGUCUAUGGGAAAAAGCCCGAGAUACCGUCUUCUUGA